AUGGCUGAUGAUAACGCCACGGCGGAGGAUGCGCCCAUCACCUUCAGCAUCAAAGCGUCUAAUGAUGCCAAAUUCACACUCACAUUACCUCUCUCGACUUCAGUAUCGGAGCUAAAGGAGAAGCUGUCUUCGUCGGAAUAUGCCGACACCCCAGCGGAGCGCCAGCGCCUGAUCUAUUCGGGGAGAGUGCUCAAAGAUAACGAUACCCUCGCAACUUACAAGAUCAAGGAUGGGCAUACUAUCCACCUGGUCAAGAGCGCUGCCAGUAACCAACGGCCGGGUGCAUCCUCACAGAGCACUUCGUCUUCCGCCACAACAAGUGCCGCCACUAACCCAACGGCCACCGGUGUCCCAACAAACCUCGCCGCUGGGACGGGGAACAACCCUCUAGCGGGGUUGACUGGUGCACGGUAUGCUGGCUUCGCCCAGCUGCCGGGCGCUGGUAUGUUUGGUCCGGAUGGUGGGAUGGGUCCUCCUCCCGACGCUGAAUCGAUGCUCCAUAUGCUCGAAAAUCCCCAGUUCCAGUCCGCUAUCAACGAGGCGCUACAGAACCCAGCCAUGAUUGAUAUGAUGAUUCAACAAAAUCCAAUGCUACGAGAUGUCCCCGGUGCCCGACAAAUGAUGCAGAGUCCCGAAUUUCGCCGCAUGCUCACCGAUCCCAGUUCACUCCGGAACAUGAUGCAGCUUCAGCGAGCAAUGGGUGGUGCUGGGCUUGGCGGCGCUCCUGGUGGAGGUGGUGCUUUUCCCGCUCCGGGUGUCACCAACACAACUCCUGAGGAGACCAGGGAAGGGCAAAAUACCGGUGCCAACUCAACUCCAGGUGCCCCGCUGUUCAAUCCUUUCAUGCCUCCCCAGGGCCUCGGAGCUGGCAAUCCGUUUGCGGCACUCUUUGGGGGCAACCAGGGAAUGGGCAUAAAUCCACCAAGCACAUCCUCUAACCCAGCAGGUGGUGAUCAAACUGGAACGACGCAAGGUGAAUCGGGGGCCGGCGGAGCGGGUGCCACAGCAGAAGGACAAAGCACACAGAAUACACAAAACCCCUUUGGCUUGUUGAAUCCCUCUCUGUUCGGUGGUCAAGGGGGCUUGAACCCAUUCAACCCGCAACAAAACCCUUUUCUCCGCAACCCCGCGCUCCUUGAACAGAUGAUGCAAUCAAUGGGAGGCCAAGGGGGAGAAGGUGCUGCUGCCAAUCCUUUUUCGGCAUUAUUUGGUGGUCAGGGGGGUUUCGGAAGUCCAGCUCCCCAAGACAACCGGCCACCUGAGGAAAGAUACGCGGAUCAGCUACGCCAGCUCAACGACAUGGGGUUCUAUGAGUUUGAGCGAAACAUUGAGGCUCUGCGCCGAGCGGGUGGGAGCGUACAAGGCGCGGUCGAGUAUUUGCUGAGCCAUACCUCUUAA